AUAAGCUAUUUAUCAAGUAAUACUUAUCAAAAACCAUCAAAAACAGUUUUUUUAAGAACUUCGCUACCACAUAGGAAUUUUAUUUUAAUUUUUAUAGUUUUCUGAAUUAUUGGUGGUGAAUCUUUAAGUGUUUUUUUUUUCAGGAAUUGUUCUGGUUUUUGGGGUUUUUUUCGUGCGCAUACUCAAAUUUUUUUCAAAUGCCGAUACUGCCCGAAAACGUCCGCACUUUUUACAGCGUAUGCGGCUUAUUGGCACCCUUGUUUUCUAAAUUAAAUUUGUACAUUGGCAAAAUAUAAUCAACAGCCAAACAACUAAUCAAAAUUAGAGCAUUAUGCUUUUUAUAAAAAAUGUUUAGAUAAUUAUUUAAAGUCAAAGGGUUUUUUAAAAUAUACUAAUUCAAUAAAGUACUAAAUAAUUUACAUCCCACGAUACAUUGUUAUUUUCGCUUUUCACAUUGCGACUAUGAUGAUACAUCUUUAAACAUAAUAUAUAAUCACUUAAUUAAUGUCACGAAAGAAUAACCCCAUUAAAUAUAAAUAGUUGUUUUAUUGUUGUUUUUUAAAUUAAUAGUAUAUUCGUCGUUGUAAGCUUUAUUCUUGUUUCUGAUGACUCCAACUUAAUCAGUUCUAUCGGCCUGGCCUAAUUUUCACAAAAACAAAAAAUAAUGAUACCAAGCAAAAAAUUUUUAAAGAAAAAAAAAUGAACAACAAACAAACAUUUUCUUAUCCCAUCCCAUUAUGCUUGAUAAAAUCUAAUACCGGAAGACUUUUAGUCGAUACCAUUUGGAAUAAAUAAUAAAAACAAGGUAGAAUACUUUUGUCGUAACACCGUUGAGGUGAACGCCGGUCGAGCACGACAGACAUGAGUGACCAUACUCAAAAGAUUGUCAGAAGUAUCAGAAAUGUAACAAGAUAUUAUAUAUGUUUACAAAUAACAAGGACGUUUCAGGUAAACAGAAUGGAAGUGAACGAAGGAUAUUCAACAAAGUCUAAACAGUUUGCUGCAAAAGUUCGUGUGUUGAAAGAUUUCGUAAAAGAAAAUGCUGCAACAACACAAACUGGUAGGGAUGUCAUAACCAAUUUGAAAUAUUUUCAAUCAACUUUAUUUGCGUGGGUAAAAGAUAAGAACUCAUGCUUCAUUCCAUCACAGUAUAAAUUUGAUGGCAGCAAGUUUCCUCAUGCAGACUACCAGGAGCUAUUUAACACAUUAUUUGUGUUGUUGAAACAUUCGGAGAGCCUGGAAGAAACAGAGGAUUUAUGUGAUGCCUUAGUAACAACAAUAGCAUGUAUAGUACCAUUUUUAUUACAAGAAACAAUCUUAGAGCUACCGUUAAUAAUUGCUGAAACUUUAUAUGAUAUAUCGCAACCUUGGCAAACAAAGUUGAUAGACUUACUAGUACAGUAUAUUAUUCCUUUAAUAUAUGCUUUCAUGACUCCUGAUAUUAAUGACGAAAUGGCAGAUAUAAAUCUUUGCAUACCUUCAGUGCUAGCAAGUGUAUUAGAUGCUGCUGAUAUUGGAGCAUGUGCUAAAGUAAUGGAAAGUCUAAUGAGAUUUAAAAUUGAUGUGUCAUCAGAUCUAUUAACAGUACUGGCAUACGGCACAAGAGAAUCUUUGGAGAGUUCUGUUCACUUAUUAAACAGAUAUUUUCCACCAGUAGAUAUUGGAAGUGUAAAAGCCUACCAAUCUCCUUCAUAUGAAUCUAUUUUACCAUAUAUGUGUCAGUCUGAUCUCUGCAAGAAUGCUCAUUCACAAAAAGAGGCUGUCAAGUUAUGCCUGGACCCAUCAUUAUGUGCGUUUUAUAAUGAUCAAGCACCACCCAUGUACUUUUGUCAAGGCUGUUAUAGUGCUCUUGGUAAAACUGAUAGUCAAUUAUUUCUCAAUGUUGUGCAGCCUGUUUCGUUAGUCUCGCAAGUGUGUGAUAAUGUUGAUUGCCGAUUCGGAUUUAUGAAAGCCUUAUAUUUUUGUUUUUCGCUGGAAUGCACAAAGAAGAAUGAUUAUAAACCAAUCAGGCUUUGUGAAGAUUGCCAUUCAAGACUUCAUGUUGGACCAAAUAUAUCACACAUGAAUCACCGAUGUUUAAAGGAAUUGUGGACUACUCCUAAUCCAGAGCAAACCUACUUAGUCGACGCUAUAGUAAGAUUGUGGACCGAAGCCCAGCCAGAAUACCAUGUAAAGUGUGCUAGGAUGGGUGUUGAAAUGGAGAAUGUUUUCCUUGAACAAAGUAAACAACAAGAUCCUAUGGUAUAUUUAAAGAAAAUAUUUCGUAGCUUUCAUGGCCUCGAUCUGUUAAAAACAACUUGUCCACUUCCACCCUCUCAGUUUCAUUUGGAACAUCUGACUCGUUUAAUUGCAAUGCUCCUGGUAUGGAUAGAAUCUGUUGAAUAUGCCACCCAUCCUAAAGCAGUACCAAUUGUUAAACAAAAGAAAAAGCAAGCUAUUAGCUGGAUAAAUAAAAUAUUGCAAUAUGAUGUAGAUUUAUAUGCUAGCUGUUUACUACCAAGUCCCCCUUUGGCAGCCCGUGUUGGUCACCCAUGGGAGCUGUUUACCAGUGUUGUCCGAAAAGAUUUAGAAAUAUUACAACGUCUGGUUACACUCACUAAGCAAGAAUUGAUAUGUGAACAGGUUUGGGAUCAAAUUAUGCCAGAAUGGAUGCAGGAGAUAAAAGACAACGUUCCUGUUGAAGAUAUUAGUAUUUUUAAAAAAGUGUUAGGUAACUUAUUUGAUUUGGAAUCAGAAGCUCGUCCAGCCUAUGCAAUUAAUUUUAUUGAAAAGCGUUUAGAGUCAUCACUGGUUAAACAGAGUCAAGAAGGUCUUGUGUGGGUUCAGAUAUUAUCUUAUCUGGAUGUGAAAUUACACAUUAAAAAAUUGUUGGAGAAGUUUAUAGAAAUGGUGAUAACACACAACGAUGUCCAAGUUACAAAUGAACAUUCCAUUCCAACUGCUUUUCCCUUUCCUGAUCAAUUUACACUCCAAGACAUCUCAAGUGGGAAUCGAUUGUCUCGACAAAACUCAUCAAACAUCUCAACACCGGUGUCGAGUAGUUUACCAAUACUUAAAAAUGUAAAAGAUGAUUUAUCAGUGUCAAUUCUUAUGAUGGAUGUCUUGAUUAAGCAGUUAACUCUGCAAAAAGGUUCUGAUGGUUGUGUGUAUAUUGCUCCAAAAGAAAACACACGGUUGAGCGUAUUAUUGGUUUGCGUGCUUGACCAAUCUUUCAAAGGAACACACAAUGGCCAUCAAGACACAGAAUGUCCACAUUGUAAAAUUAUGAGCGUAAUAUUUUACCAAAUUUCAUUACUGGUUGACCUUGUUGUGCGUCAACAAGUUGUUGUAAGCGAAGAAAAGUCAGAAUAUUCAAAGUCAAUAAUAUGGAAAACUUCCAGUAACGCAUCUAAAACCUCAUACAUAUCACCAGAAAAUUCAGUCACUGCAUCUGCUUCAACAGAAACUUUUGCUGCACAUUCUGAAAGCAUAAAUUCUGUAAUCAUGGAAGAAGAAAAAGAAGAAGAUGAAGAAAAAGAAUUAUUGAAAACUGAAGAUAAAAAUGAUGGCGAGGAAAUGGAGAAGAAUAUUAAAGAAUUAAAAAAACACUUAGAACAUCUACCAUCAAAAGUGGAUGUGGAUGAAAUAAUGUUGACGCAACGAGGAAGAACUGAUCUUAAUAGCAGUUCAUUAUAUUCAAUACCAGAAUUGCAAAUAUUGGAAAAGUUAGUACAGCAACUGGAGCAAGUUCCAGAAACAUCAGUAAUGGUGCAUAUACUGACAAGUUUGGACAUUCUUUGCUGUCGCGGAGAGUGUUUAAAAAUGGUGGCUGAGGAAGACACUGAGUUACUUCGAAAGCUUCAAAACCUUGCAUUAGUUCCUUGUCUUUGGAAAUUGUUGAAAUCAUCUUGCUCCAACAUAGCUCAACGAGUAGUCCCUUUGUUGUUACACUGCUGUUGCCUUCCAUUUGGAGCAGAGAGACUGUGUUCUGAGCUUGAGAAAGAUUUUACAAGUGAAGAGUGGAAAGAUCGCUUUGCUGCUGUUGACAAAGUUGGUUUAAUGUGUCAAUUCGUAUCUGACGAAUAUAUUUGCAAUUCUCCCUAUGCUCGCUCAGUAGUCAUUUACGGAAUGGUGUUCUUAACUCAUGCUUUUGAAGAUAUUUCAACAAUGGUGGCUACCCGAGCCAGAAGUGUCAUUCAGUCUAUCAACAUAACGUCACUAAAGGUUAUAUAUAAGUACAUGGAGGAACACUUUUCUUGUGUUGGCGAUGAUAGGUUGACGUUACUGCAUUCCUAUCGAGUUAUCCACAUGAUCAUUCCAGAAUCAUCUCCAACAAGCGCUGAAUUUUUUCUGAUGUUAUUUAAGAAGAUGAAAUCGUUUGAGGAAAAAAAGAGAAAGUUCUUUCGUGAUCAUACAAUUGUAAAGGAAGAUGAGAAUGAGAAUGGUGGUUUGCUUCCAAUGUUUAACAGAAGAUUUCCUUCAAAUAAAACAAAGUUUUUCUCUGCAAAAACAUGGCCAACAAAAUUAUUUGGAAAAAUUGGUUUUGUUCCUUUGAAAUAUUACAAAGAAACAUUCACGUUACAAGCAAGAAAACAGUAUGGUAUGUGGGACGGACACCUAGACAGAUCUAAUGAUACACCUGCACAUUUCAAACACAUGAUGUCAUCAGAUAUUUCACCUGCUGUUGAAAUUGCAUUGGACACAGUCUCAGAGGAGUGUGAAAAUGAAUUGAAGCAGACACUUAGCACCCAACCAACUGUCACAGGUGAUGCAGCACCAACAGAGGAGGAAGUUUUAUCUUUAUUGAUUGCUCAGCUAGUUGAAUUUUUAUCUACAAAACAAAAAGACAAAAUUGAUGAUACACUUGGAAGAACUAGUUUUAACGAAAUACAGCAUAUUAUUACCUAUAUUGGUUUUUGGAUGGGGCUUGAACGUACUGUUACACAAAGAUGGUUGACGCCACAAAAAAUGUCAAUUAAGCGCUUCAGAAAGAACCCCAUAUUUGUUACUUUUCUAAUGCAUCUUCCAAAACUCCUUGAUGGAAACAAAGAGUAUGGAGAAUUUUUCUUGUACCUUGCUUUACAAGUUAUGGAAACAUGUAUCAAACGAAAUCCUGGUGAUGAUUUAGCAAACACAAGGUUAUCGUUAAUACUUCUUGAGCCACAUCUUCAACAUUCAUGGUUAACAGCUUUAAUUGUGAUCCUAUAUAAGCACUCAUUCCAAGACCAUCAAAAUGCUAUUUGGAAUUUUAUUCAUGUUGUAAAAAAUACAAUUAAUGGCCAUGGUAAGCAUAUAUGUGGAUUUUCUAAAGCAAAAGAAUCCAUUUCUAUGCGCCAUCUUGUAAAUAUGAAAGUGGCAAUGAAAAAGAAGAUCAAGAAGCAGCAUACGGAUGCAGGGAAAGGUAUGGAGAUGCAAGAUCUGACUGGCAUAUCUUUCGCAGAAUCUCCUUCACAAGCAAGCACAUUAGAUUCUAGAAUUCAAGGACCUGUUUCAGAAUCUCACAAUUCACAUUUACCAUUUCUGGAGAGCACUGAAGACUUGGUGUUAUCUGCAGAAUAUAAAGUAUGCGCUUUAUGUGGAAUUGCUUUGUUCCAAUAUGAUGAAGAAACAAUCAAUCUUGCUAUUGUGGCACUGUUGACAUUUAUACACAUGGAUGCGACACAUUCUGCACCAUUAGUUAUUGAUACCAUAUUAAGUAUCACAAGGAAAGCGAAAACAAAUUCAGUAGAAAAAUCAGCACAAGGAUGCUUGUCACCUACUGCUAGCAUUGCACAGCAAUUUUUACGUUGUGUUUAUGAAAAACUGGCCCAAAGUCGUUUGUUUCCUGAGUUAUUUAGAAUUGAAAAUUUGGAUGAUGAUUUUUUUCUCAUGAUGGCUUCCGUUUUGCAAGACUUUGAUAUGCUCACACAACUUUCACCAAUCAAAUUGUCUUUGCAGGAUAUAAAUGAGAGCAAAUCAACAGAUCGUAUUACUAUCUUCUUAAACAAUUUGUCGAAGUACGUCAAGAUAGUGCAACAUCAUGCAGAAUGGGAGGAUCUCCAGAGUGUUUUUGAUACAUUUCUGAUCAACAUUAUACAGUUGAUACCAAAUCAGGUUAACAUGGAUUGUCUUCUUGAUAUCAUGAGUAUGGUACUGAACUCCCAAAAAACAACAUUUAGGGUCCUUAUUGAUUUGAUUGACAAUACCAUGUCUCACAUUGUGAAAAAUUGUUUAUUCAGUGUCAAAUCACUACAAGAUAUUUGUACUGCUUGUAUAGAGUCAUUUUCCAGGGAUCGAGACCAAACAAGGUUGACUAAGAAAGUCAGCUUGAUCUUGACCAUGGUGCUAUCUUCAAAGUUAGCUUUAUCAGAAGAAGCAAUUGCCAACCUUAUCCAGUUCUUUUGCACUGAUGUUGGCACGAGAUGUAAUUUCGAACUUUUGAAUUUCCCUUUAAGAGAGCCCCCUGUAAAGAAGUCCACAAAAGCAGUCGAGACUUUGGAUGUUAACUACAGUCAUGAAGUGAUUGAAUACUUGAAAACACCACUUCGACGCGUUAAGGAAUGUCACUUCAAUGAAAAACUAAUCAAUGGAGAAUUGUAUCAAAGUACAAUCAAGUUAUCUGUGGCCCAAUUCAUUGCUGUACAUAUUUCGCAAGCUAGCGACAGUCGAUUCCAUUCGAAGUUACUUUCAUUUCUUGUGUGUAAUGAUGGCCACGACAGUUUGAUGAAUCAGUUAGUAAGCUUAGACGUUCAAGAGUUCAUGAUGCAAUUCAGGAUAUACUGUUGGAUUAUCCUCGGUACUCUCUAUCAUUCAUACAUGACUGAAAAACCACUGAUUGUGUUAUGUUCACCUGGAAAAGCCUUACUAGUGUCAGAGCUUAUCAGGACUGUGUUUCAAAGUUUUUUAGAAGGCGAGGAGAACUUUGGCAAAACUAAGACCAGAUCUCAACUUCAUUUUUCGUUUCUGCUUGCACAAAUUUGGACUGUUUACAUAGAGGGGUUCAUAAUUGUACAAGUGAACCAAACCUCAGAUGUCAACCCCAUUGCAAUGAUCAAAGAAUUCUGGUCAUGUUUGACUCCCGUGGUGUAUCAGUUGUUGCAACAUCAAAAACAGCUGCACCUUGAAACUAUCCAACUAUUUUCAUCUCUUGUGGAGAAUAUUUCAAUCCAUUGUCCAAGAUCGUUUACUCAGUUAUAUCCAUUAUGGGAGCCACUGUUAAAAUUGUACGUGAAUGAGAUUCCACCCCAUAUUGUUCGCAAAAUAGAUGUUGGAGCACCAGGUGACAUGAUGCAUGGCGAAUCACGCAAAGAAGUAUACAGACAGUGGUUAGUUGAAAUGCAGAAACAGUUGUGGAGUACAGAGCGAAUGUCGAAGGGAAAGAUAGCUACUAAUUCAAUAAUGGUAUAACAAACUAAUUGACAACGCAUGUAUAAAAAAUAGCUACACAAAAAACAUUUAUUGUUAAUUAUUAUUAACGUUUAAGUUAGCCCGGUUAUUUUAUUUCAGGGCCCAUAAUUUAGUUUUAAAGGUGAAGGGUUAACAUGGUGACUAGAAGGGGUCCCACCAUGGCUGGACCUGCCUUAGAAGAUGUCUGAAGUUUAGGACUUCUGGAUUGCCUAAAAGAGUUUUGAAAGUUUUACUGUGUUAGAAUGGUAAAAAUAUUGUCUAAUCCAAUCUAUGCUAUGACUGAAAGACAUUUGUGGGCCAUGGCUUUGAGUUUCUUUGAACCCUGCAUUUUUUUAAAUUCUUUUAGACUUUACAAGAAAAUUUUAAAAAAUAGGAAAAAGGCGAAUAAUUUAGACAAUGAAUAGCUAACAUUUUUUUCAAAAUACUUCAAGAAAAGAUGGAAACAUUAUUGCUCUUCUAGUCGCCACUUAAAAUUUGUUCAAAAUUUUUCCGUUUUUAACUGAUUUUCUAUUGUUGUUUUUUUGUGUUAAAUACCAAUCCCAAAAAGGUUAUUGUACAGUUUGGUCUACAUGAAUUUUAUUUUUUAUUUUAAAUAAUUGUAUUUUUAUUUAUUUGUUUUUAUUUAUAAACAUAUGAAGUGUAUUUUCAGUGAAUUAUCCAUGCUAGUUUCGUAGAAAAAUGUCAAUAAAA